CAAUUUCUUGUAGCCAUUUUUACACUUUUUUAUUGCACAUUAACUAUGAAAUUUGGUAAAACAAUCGAGACCAACGCAAAGGAGCUGCCCAAGGACUGGCAGCCGUAUAUCAUCCAGUACAAGCAGCUGAAGAAAAGCAUCAAGCAAAUUGUUUACGAGCUCGACAAUACGUUUAGGACACUGAACCUGUCGCCUCUAACAGUCUCUGGCGAGCCAUCGGCCAACGAUAGCAGUACCAUAGAUAACGGCACCGCCGAUAACAGCAAGGCGACUUUUUCGGCAGAUGGCAGCAUCAGUAGCGACGCUGUGUUAGAAGCGAUACCGGUCAGAUGUGUGGGAGUGCCCGAAGAAAUCGUGUACAACAUUGAGAAGGAUAGCAAUGGCGUUGUGCACCCAGUUAUAAUUGUCAAAAUCUGCAAACCCGUCGAUGCCAUGCAGUGCAGCCAGAUUGUGGAGCUUCCAGACGUGGCUGGACUGCCACAGCGCACAUCAAUUAUUCUGCCACCAUCACACACAAAUGACGCCGAUACGGCUGGAGACAUCAUUGACAACGGAAAGAUUUACGUUGGCCAUAGCAGUGAAUCGAUGUCGAAAUCAAAAUUGUUGACGCCAAGCGCAAUUUGGACUACGCACUCACACACACUGGCGGCUGCUUCUGAGAGCUCUAAAGUGCCCAACAGCAAUAUACACAUUGAAACGACAAUCAUCGAAGACAUCGAGGAGACAAAGGUCACAUUGCGGCUGCAGACAGACCAAAUGUUUUUUGCGCAGUUAAUUCAGUACAUCGAGCGCACACACGAGUUCGAGCGAGAGUAUACCAAGCAGUACAACUACAAUGUCAGCACGUUGGGAAAUGAGCUGACUGCAGUCACCUCGCCAUUCAAGCAUGAUUUCCAGAUCUGGCGUGAGAUCUUCCGGUUGUACAUGGAGGCAGACGUGUGGGAUCACACGGAGGGUGACUUUAGGCCGACAAACACGGCAAAGGAGGGCCAAGGCCGAUUCGGCAAGUUUACAAGCCACAUAGACAGCCUCGGGCUGGCUAACAAGUUUCGCGAUCCGCUCUCGGCAAAGCUUUUGAUAAACUUUUACGAGCUCAACUCAGAGCUGACAUACCUGAAGAUGCUGCAAGAGAUGAACGACCUGGCCAUGCGCAAGAUUCUGAAAAAACAUGACAAGCGCACCAAUCUGAUAUCCAAGGCCCAGUUCCCGCGGAUGGUGACCAUCGACACAACUACGCUGACAAAGGCUCUUUUGUUCACGUUUCACACUGAGCUCGUUGGCAUUGUGCCGCAGAUCGACGACUAUUUGUGCCCAAUGUGUCUCAACAUUGCCUGGCGCCCGCUACGUCUGCACUGUGGGCAUGUGUUCUGUUCACGGUGUGUGGUCAAGGCGUCCCGGCGCUGCAUCUUUGACUGCCCUGUGUGUCGCGCGAAAGAUGCCAUCUACAAGGCGGGCGUGACAAACAUCGACAAGGCCCUUCUCAACUUCCUCAAGCUAUAUUUUCCACAAGAAGUCAAGGAGAAGCAGCGUGACAUCCAGCACGAGAUAUCCCACGACGAAACACGGGUCGUGCUUGCCGUGCAGACUCGCGACAGGCCGUGCGUAAUCAUGUAGCCCAAAUGGACUAAUGAAUUUUAAAAAUGUACCUUUUGGUCAACAAAGGUUUUCGAUAUGUACUGCGCCAUUGCGCUUUGAUCAAAAGCAUCCCUUAUUUGAUAUUUUAAUAAUUAGGAAAUC